CAAUAGACAUGAACAGCGCAGCACAGGCGCCGCGCCGCACCUCCUUUACUUCAUAACGAAGCUCCACGUGUCGGCGGCUGACAACCGCCAACCACCGUAGGCGGCAAACUUAUGCACCAAAUGCUCCAUUUUCAGUGUUAAAGAAUAGACAAUUCCGACGUAUACUUGACUACUAUUACUGGUUGAUUAUAAACAUUAGUCAAACACUUAGUGAUCGCGUUGAAGGAUGGGAGCUUCACAGAGUCGCGAAGGUCUCGAACUCUCUGAUGAUUCAGACUAUGAGGAGGAGGAGGAGGAGGAGGAGGAGAAUGGAAGCCAAGGAGAUUGCCGAGACGCAGCAGAGGAUCAAUCACCAAAUAAGGCUCCGCAGGUCAGUAGCAAAACCCUAGACGAGGUUGAUGCAAAGUUGAAAGCUCUAAAGCUGAAACAACAUUCAGCUGAAACCCCUGGCAGUCUCCAGAAUGCCGUGAAACUAUACUUGCAUAUCGGUGGAAACACUCCGAAAGCGAAAUGGAUUAUUAGUGAAAAGCUCACGUCUUAUGAAUAUGUGAAAGGCUUGAAAGUAGGCGAUGAUGAAGAUUCUAAUAGUGGAGAUGAGGGGUUUUGGGUGUUGAAGGUGGGGAAGAAGGUAAGGGUUAAGGUUUCAACCGAUAUGCAGUUGAAGAUGUUUGGGGAGCAGAGGAGGGUUGAUUUCGUGGAUAAUGGAGUUUGGGCAUUGAAGUUUUUUGGCAAUGAUGACUAUCGAAAUUUUGUGUCUAAGUUUCAGGAUUGCUUGUUUGAGAAUGUGUACGGGAUGAAGGCUACAGAGGCUAAUAAAUUGAAGGUUUAUGGGAAGGAUUUUGUUGGGUGGUUCAAGCCAGAGGAAUCAGAUGAUGCUAUCUGGGAGGAUGUGGAUGCAGGGAUAUGGAAGAGUCCAGGGAAGAGUACUGUGAUGCCUAUGAGGGCUAGUCAGGAUCUGCUGGAAGAGUUUGAAGAGGCUGCCACUGGUGAUGGGGUACAAAGCUUGGCCUUGGGGGCUUUGGACAACAGUUUUCUUGUGAAUGAUUCUGGGGUUCAGGUUGUGAAGAAUUUCAGCCAUGGAAUUCAUGGAAAAGGUGUUUAUGUGAAAUUUGAAGAUAGAGUUAGAAAGGAUAGCUCAACACCCAAGAAAACUCUUUUAAUGCGAGGGGAGACUAAUAUGAUGUUAAUGAGUCCUUCAAAAGAAGGGAAGCCUCAUUCAACUGGCCUUCAUCAAUUGGAUAUUGAGACUGGGAAGGUUGUUAGUGAAUGGAAGUUUGAGAAGGAUGGGGCAGAGAUUACAAUGAGAGACAUUUCAAAUGAUACGAAGGGAUCACAAUUGGACCCUUCUGCAUCGACGUUCUUGGGGUUGGAUGACAAUAGGCUUUGCCAAUGGGAUAUGCGUGAUAAAAAGGGAAUGGUACAGACACUAGCCAAUACAAGCUCACCUGUCUUGCAUUGGACACAGGGCCACCAAUUUUCUAGAGGAACAAACUUUCAAUGCUUUGCAACUACUGGGGAUGGAUCCAUAGUUGUUGGCUCACGUGAUGGAAAGAUCCGUCUAUAUUCUAAGACUUCAAUGAGGCAGGCAAAGACUGCUUUUCCUGGGCUUGGUUCACCUAUUACUCAUGUUGAUGUUACUUAUGAUGGCAAGUGGAUUUUGGGCACAACAGAUACAUAUUUGGUCCUAAUAUGUACUUUGUUUACUGAUAAGGAUGGAAAAAUGAAAACCGGUUUUACUGCUCGGAUGGGGAAUAAAAUUCCAGCUCCAAGAUUACUGAAGCUGGCUCCCGUGGAUGCACAUUUGGCUGGACAAAACAACAAGUUCCAUGGUGGCCAUUUCUCUUGGGUUACUGAAAGUGGAAAACAGGAACGCCACUUGGUUGCAACAGUUGGCAAAUUUAGCGUGAUAUGGAGUUUCCAGCAGGUGAAGGACAGUGCACACGGCUGCUAUCAGGAUCAGCAAGGGCUCAAGAGUUGCUAUUGUUACAAGAUAGUGUUGAAGGACGAGUCCAUUGUCGAGAGUCGGUUCAUGCAUGACAAAUUUGCAAUAAGCAACUCUCCUGAAGCUCCAUUGGUAGUGGCAACCCCUAUGAAGGUUACUUCCUUCAGCAUGUCCAGCAGGCGGUGAAAUUUUGGAUUUUGUAGCUACUAGCUCAUAGUCUGUUUAUAAGCAUGCAUUUGAGCUGUUGUUAGUGCCCUUCCGUUGUCAUUUUUUUCCACGGUAUCUGACAGUUUUGCCGUGUCAAAUGGACAAUUUGGUUCUUCCACUACUUGUUAAUCAUUUGUGAGCUUAGUUCAUUGCUGAUCUAUUCUAAA